CCCCUGGCCGCCCCGAUGGGCCCGGAGGAGGAGGCGUGUUCCCGGCACUGGGCGGAGCCCCAGGCGCCUCAGGUUUGCCCGUCAAGAAGUGAAACCGAAAGCGGCGGGGAGAGGAGCCGUCGGGCAGCCAUGGAGGGGCAGCGCCCGUGCGCCUUCCCGCUGCUGGUGCGAGGGGACUGGGGCCCCGCCGAGCCGCCGCCUGCGCUCAGGAAGAAGCUGCUCUGCUACUUCCAGAGCCAGAAGCGCUCGGGCGGCGGCGAGUGCGAGCUGCGGGCCGGCACCGGGAUCGGGACUGGGCACAUCCUCGUCUGCUUCGCCCGCCCCGAGGUGAGGCAGCGGGUGCUGCGCCGGCCGGUCCAUGAGCUGGUGUGGGGGCCCGGAGGGCAGCUGUCGCUGCAGGUCACCGCGCUGCCCGCGGACAACGACCCCGCGCAGGACGCGGGAGCGGCCGGCGGGGCCGAGGCGCCAGUUAAUGAACCCCAGGUGUCUCUUCCCAUCUGCCAGAAUAAGGAAACUCCGGUGUGUACUCAGCAGGAGAAGACAGAAUCAUGUGAGAAACUGGAAGCAGAGAAAGCAACCUCUAGGAAUUCUGUUGUAGUAGUAACCACUGCCUUCGGGGAGGAAAUAGAAGAUGAGAUUGUGGAAAUGUACUUUGAAAAUAAAAGGAAGUCUGGUGGGGGGACCAUUGAGUCCUUUGUCAAAAAGGAUCAGCAAGUGAUCAUCACCUUUCAGGAUGAGCAAGAUGCCCAAGAAGUUUUGCAAAGAAAGCAUCACUUGAAUAAAAUUGAUCUGGUUGUGAAACCAUGGCAAGUGAAGACUUCCUGGGAGUCGUGCCAAGUGGAGAACUCUGAAGGAUCCCUGCUUCCCACCGCAGUUGUGCUGGAAAAUGUGAAGGAGACAACAAAAGAUUGCAUGUUAAUUAUGCUGGUAGAGAAUAUCAGUGGCUUGUCAGAGGAUGAUGGUGACUUCAGUGUGGAAAUGAUACCUGAGUUAUGUGCUGCUGUAGUUACUUUUACUGGAGAUACUGAUGCAGAGGAAUUUGUUCAAAUGCUUAAUCAAAACCACAGAGCAAGGAAACAACACAUUACUGCACGGUGCCUUGAGCAAACAAGAAGUGUUAGGGCUGAAAAUAUACCACCCAACACACCCAGUGACUAUAUAACUGUCUACUUUGAAAAUAAGAAGUACGGAGGUGCACAAGUGGUGGAUGUUCAACAGGUGCCUGAUGAAGAUGCAGCUAUCAUUACAUUUGGUGACCAAAAAGAUGUAACAAAUAUCCUGGCAAAGAAGCAUUCACUCAACAAAACACCAAUCUCUGUCUAUCCUUACUACACCUCGCUGGAAACAGCUCUAUAUGGAAAGGAAGGGCCACAGAUAAAGAAGCCAGAUCCAGUUACAUUGCCUCUGGAUCCCUAUAUCUGGAAUUAUUUGCAAGGAAAUAGUACCUUAAUGGAGGCAAUAGAUCAUGAAAUGGCAAAGUGUAAUUGUGUGCCCAUGUGGCCUGAACCCCUCUGUGCAGACCCAAAAGUUACUUUGCAUCCUUCAGCUAUUUUUUCUGAGCAGAAGAGGUCAGUAUUUCGAUUGGUCAAGGCAUGGAAAGAAAACGUUUCCACAGCAUUUUCUCACAGCAUAUCAAAAUACGAAGCAAUUCAAUGUCAAGUAAGCACAGAGGUGUGGGAAGCCAUUAGAAACAGCUUUCCCCAUGAUAAAGUUCUGAUGAUCCCACACGUUUCCGAUGAUUUACAUGUUCUAGUCGGUGAAAAAGAAGUUGUGAAGAAGGUUGAACAAGAACUGAAGCUGCUGAUCAAAAAGACCACCAGAGAAAUUGAAAGAGAAAAGCAAAGAACUGAACUGCAAGUAAAGAGAGUGAAUCCAGGGGAAUAUGGAAUUUUACAGAGUACUGGUCUCGAAGAAAAGUUCUGUACGGAGUUCCCCGGCCUGCAAAUAACUUAUGAUCAUUUGCAGAAGGUUAUUAACCUAUCUGGAGUGCCUGAGGAAGUUUAUAAAGUAAAAGGGGAAAUACUCGAUCAUGUACACAAAAUGGUAAAGAAAACAAUUAAUGUCCACCCUUGCAUUUUUCAGUUUUUAGAGAAUACUGAUAAUGAAACGCUGUUUCAGAGCCUGUUUAUGUCAAAACAAAUUAGUGCCUUUUAUGAGCUUGGCAUGGGAGAUAUCAUCCUGAAAGGGAGUGCUCCUGAGGAUCUCCUCAAAGCAGAGGAAGAAAUAAAGAAGAAACUGGAUUACAAAAGCAUUGAUUUGGAGGAUGAGUCAGUCCUCCAGAAGGAGGAAUGGUACAUGCUAACCAAGGAAAACUGCUCUAAUGAAGCUGUCACAGUCACUCAGGCAGAGAGUCAGGUCAUGAUUGCUGGUUUCACUCAAGCAGUAGCAAAAGCCUUUGAGGAACUUUCCAAAUUUAUAGAUGAAAACACACAGGUGGAAAGGGUCAUUGGAGGAAAGCCCAUUGCAGUUCUAAAGUUUUUUGAGAAAGAGAAGGCCAGUGAUUGGGCUGUCUUACAAGAAAAAGGUGUGAAAGUUGACUUCAGCCCUCAGAAAAACGGUGAGGUUAUAUCCUUGAGUGGACCAAAGACAAUGGUGCUGGAGGGAGUCAGCUUAGUUGAGCGAAUUCUGUCUGGCCUGCAUUUUAAGCGUGUGGUAAUUGACUCACCAGGAGCUAAGGCAUAUAUAAAAGAGGAAGAACACCUUUUGGCUGCACAUGCAAAACAAGUGUUCAAGUGUUUAGUCCUACUGGAAGAGCAGCUGGGAGAACAGAAAGAACACAGUAACAGAGGCAAGCCCUAUAUGCAGGUGACCAUGGAUGAGACUGUGAUAGCGCUUUAUGAAGCUGACUUGUGCAAUUACCCUGUUGAUGUUGUGGUGAAUGCAUCUAAUGAAAACCUAAAACACAUCGGUGGCCUUGCUGAUGCGCUGUCAAGAGUGGCUGGCCCAGCACUGCAGGAGGAGUGCGAUGAGCUGGUGAGGAAGCACGGGAAUUUGCAGCCCGGCUGCGCAGUGAUCACGGGCGCCGGGAAACUGCCCUGCAAGAACGUCAUUCACGCUGUUGGGCCCAGGUGGAGCAAUGAGGAAUCACAAAAGUGCACGUGGUUGUUAAAAAAGACAGUGAAAAAAUGUCUACAACUAGCUGAAAUAUACAAUCAUCGUUCCAUAGCUCUGCCUGCUAUAAGCGGAGGGAUCUUUGGCUUCCCGCUGGAACUGUGUACUUAUUCAAUUGUAUCCUCCGUCAAGGAGACCUUGGAAGAAUCCAGGGGCACCUGCAGCUUGAAGGAGGUUCAUCUUGUGGCUUUUGCACAGGAUAACAUUCAGGCUUUCAGCAAGGCAUUUAGAAAAGUGUUCCCAGAUUUUUCACCUUCCCACAUGUCACUGCAUCAGGCCAGUACAGCUCCUCAACCUAAGCAGAGGAAAAUUUCUCAGUAUAUCAAGAACUUCCCAUUCAUAACAACUGAGGAAGGCCUUAACAUUGUGGUGCAAACAGGAAGUGUUGAAGAUGCUACAACAUCCAUUGUUGUCGUCAGUGUUGGCAAAGAUCUCCAGCUUGAUAAAGGGCCACUUGGUAGAGCUUUGCUAAGCAAGGCAGGGCCAAUGCUUCAGACAGGCUUGAAAAAAGAAGGCGGAGGAAGAACACCUGAUGAAGGAUCUGUGUUGAAAACAAAAGGUUACAAUCUAGCUUGCAGUGUUGUGCUUCAUGCUGUCGUACCUAUGUGGUCCCAGAAAGACACACCUUCAAAGGUCUUGGGUGACAUAAUCACGAAAUGCCUGGAGAUUGCUGAAGAACUGUCUUUGAAAUCAAUUACUUUCCCAGCAAUUGGGACAGGGAAAUUAGAAUUCCCAAGAUCUGUUGUUGCUAAAUUAUUGUUUGACAAAGUAUUUGAAUUCAGUAGUAAAAAUAGAGUAAAUUCUCUUGAAGAAGUUCACUUUCUGUUGCAUCCAAAAGACACGGCUAAUAUUCAGGAAUUUUCAGAUGAACUUGAAAAGAGGUCUGCAGCUGUUAAAGUGCAGCAGCUUUCUCCAAAUGAGGCUAGCCAAAGCACAGAUUUUUCUGCCAUCUCUUCAACCUCAGCACAUAAUGUGCUUGAAGUGACAAUCGGCUCCAUCGUGUUCCAGGUGGCAGAAGGUGAUAUUACCAAGGAGGAGGCAGAUGUCAUUGUAAACAUAACAAACCAAACCUUCAACCUCAAAAUAGGCGUCUCCAGAGCAAUUCUGAAUGGUGCUGGAAAAGCAGUUGAAGAUGAAUGUGGUGUACUAGCCCAGCAAACUAACAAGAACUAUAUCAUCACCCAGGCAGGAAACCUGCCAUGCAAAAAAAUCAUUCAUUUUGUUGCCCAAAAUGAUAUCAAGUUGCUGGUCUCCCAGGUGCUCCAGGAGUGUGAACUACAGCAGUAUACCUCUGUUGCCUUCCCAGCAAUUGGAACAGGAGAGGCAGGCCGCAAUCCAGCUGAGGUAGCUGACAACAUGAUAGAUGCAGUAACUGACUUUGCAAAAUGGAAUUCUGCUUCGUCUGUGAAAAGUAUUAAAGUUGUCAUCUUUCAGCCACAUCUGAUGAGUGUGUUCCAUGCAAGCAUGCAGAAAAGAGAAAAGUCUGCUGCAACAGUAUUCAAAUCGUUGAUUUCCAAGGCAUUUCACAUGACUAAAUCACUCUGGAGCUCUGAGAAACGUCCCCCAAAGAAAAAAGCCAAAGUGGUUCUGGAAAAGAAAAUUGACCUGGCUGUUGUACAGAUUUGUGGUGAAAAUAAAAAAGAAGUGGAAGAAGCUGAAAAGUGGCUGAGAGGUGCAAUUUCAAAAGAACAAUCUCAAACAGAAAUUGUAGAUGAGUCUAUCUCUCAUUUCGGUGAAGAAGAGAGUGAAGAACUGGAUGACCUAGAAGAGAGAUUAAAAAUUGUUCUUCAUUUGAAGGGUACCUCUAUUGAAAUUUCAGGGGUUACAAAAGAUGUCUGCAUGGCUUCUUUAGCUGUUCAUAAAAUGAUCCUCAGGGUAAAAGCUGCUAAAGAGAAAGAGAUCCAGGCAAAACUUCUACAAAAUUUAAUCGAAUGGAAAUAUUUUGCAAAGGGUUCUUAUGUGCCCUUCAACAGUCUCACAAAUGUGGAGUUGGAAAAUGCUUACAUGAGAAAGCAGAAAAUUAUUGAAGUCACCAUUGGUGAGCAAACAUACACAGUGGAUAUGGAACGUAAGACUGCUGUGGAUGCCCAAGGAACAGAGAUAUCCAUUAUACGUGUUGACAAAUCUGAAGAUCAAAAGUCAACGAUGCUCCCUCCUACGUGGGACCCUAUGGAAAAUGAGCAACCCAAAAUAGUGGAACUAAAACCAAACUCAAAAGAGUAUAAAGACGUGCAGGAAAGGUUUCUGCGGACCUGUCAGUCAUUCAAAAUUGAAAAGAUUGAAAGGGUACAGAACCCAUAUUUUUGGAAGGCCUACCAAAUAAAAAAGUGUGAGAUGGAUAAAAAAAAUGGCAGCAGAAAGAAUGAGAAGAAGCUGUUCCAUGGGACGAGUAAGGAGUCAUUAACCUUAAUUAACAAACAUGGAUUUAACCGGAGCUAUGCUGGAAUGCACGCUGCAAAUUUUGGAAAUGGAACAUACUUUGCUGUUAAUGCCAGCUAUUCUGCCCACGACACCUACUCUAAACCAGAUGUGAAUGGGAGGAAGUACAUGUACUUGGCUCGAGUCCUUGUUGGAGAAUAUUCUCAGGGGAUAAGAGGAGCAAUUACUCCAGCAGCAAAAAAUGCUGGCAACUCCGUAGAUCUGUAUGACAGUUCAACUGAUAACGUGAGCCAGCCAUCCAUGUUCAUAAUUUUUAAUGACAUUCAAGCUUAUCCAGAAUACCUUAUCACUUUCACUAGAUAAGUAUUUUGAUUGCAGCCACAACUGCAUGUCUUUCAGUCUUUAUGUAGGAUGGAAACACCUGUAAAAAACACACAACAAAAACAAUAAAGGGUUGCAUCAAAUUCAUUUCUGUUUCCAUUCAAGCAAUCUCAGGCAAUUUCUGAUCCCCCUGAAGCUUGUUUAUACUUGGAGCAGCUGAGCAUAUUAACACUUGAGCACAAUAUUUUACUGCAAACCUUUCAGAUUACAUCAUGGGCCUUUGUACUGUAUCAGCUUUCCCAUACAGCCUUAGGACCUUCCUAAGUGCUGGUGGGGAAUAUGAAUGAUGAUGAUAAUGCAGUGAUAAUGCAGCCAUGGACUAUUCAGUGUUGCAUUUCUGAUGCCUUCUUACACUCUGUAAAUUACAAUCUCAUAUUGUAUUAUGUUAGAGCAGUUUUCAAUAAAUGAACCAGUUGUACUUAA